UAUCGAUAUCGAUAAUCAACAGCUGACUGAAUGCCGUUAUAAGGAAUGCACCACGAAUUAUGGGAAGCCUGAGACAAUGCUAUGGGCCGACAUAUAAUUGCAUUAUAUGCUUUCGAAAUAACGCCAAAACCUUGGAAGCCCUCGUUCCUUUCGCCAAUAAGGAUGGAGCUGUCUUACCCGGGAAAGUCACAUGCAAAGGAUGCCAAAUGCAGCGAUAUUGCAGCGUGGCACACUUAGUGGAUGAUCGCAAGGAACACGAACCACUUUGUCGGGUGCUAGCCGAUCUCAUGAAGUUCAAGGGGAUUACCACUCCGCUUCUGAUUCGAGGAAGGAUUGAAGGCUUCAAUCAGUUGAUGCUGGUCGUCGCACAGCUCAAGUUCAUUCUUCAGGUCAAGUUACAGCGCCCGCUUUUGUGGCGGGAACACAUUCUGAUCGAUCAGCCAGCCGUUUGCAGAGUUUGCUUUAAGCUAGAACCGUCCGAAGUCUGUCUUGGAUGUGGCGCAGUGGCCUACUGUUCCCCGGAUCAUCGCAUUGAUGAUAUGAUUAGUCACGGUGAAGCCGAGUGCCGAACGCUUGCAAUGAUGUUCAGCCCAUUCCGCCUAUUGGACAGUAGACUUGGUAUCAAGGAAUUCAAGCCCGUAGCUGAUUUUUUGAAAAGUCAUCUGAUAGACGCCUUCUAUCAGGCCACCUCCAUAAAAAUUGGCAAUAAUCCAUGGACCAGCUUUAACCAGUAUGAUCUCUUUAGCACAUGUUCCAGCUUUAGUGGAAUUGCAAGCUUGUGUUUUGCCCUAAAACACGCCUCCUUCGAGAAAGACUGUGACCAGAAACCUGUCAUCAUUUAUGUGAUGGGCGCCACUGAUGACCAUUUGAGAUAUUUCCAGGAGAUGCAUUUAAGAUUUCUACUAACAAUGUACCAAAGUAUUAUGAUGCUAGAGUUAUAUUUUAUUGGACCAGGACUAAGUGCGAAAAGUCCUGAAACUUAUCGUGACAGAAAGUCCAAAAGAAGCGUCGUGAAGAGGUUUUAUGCCACAGACUUUUCCGGAUUCUUGACGACGACCAAGAGUACGGUUCCGAAUUUAAUUCUUCUCUUUGAACCAGACUUUCUUGAUACAAACCAUAUGACUGAGGAACUCAUUAAGCAAUUACCCGUGGAGAGUAACUACUCGGACUCCUUCGACUGGCAGGAAAGCCUAACUGACAUUCUUCACAACUACGGCGUUCCCAUUUGUUACACUUCCCUAUCACAGGCCAAGGCAUUAUCCGAUUUUACGGCUGUGAAGGUAUUGGCUAAAGGCCAGAGUAUCGCCAUUAAACGAACGUACAACGUUAUGGAAAAUCCAUAUCGCGAAAUAUUACCUCUAUACAAUCCCUUUACGGAGGAUAACGAAAUGAUAGUUUAUAAUAACAACUACCUCGAGAUUGUUUUCACUACUUUGGUUGAUUAA